AUGUUAUGUUCUGAAAAUAAAAUGAGAUCAAUAUUAUUUAAUCAGGAGAAUGGGUUUUACAGGUUCAGUUGCCUCUCUAAUACAUUUAUAAGGGAAGACUUUGACGCGUUGAGAGAACUUUGUAAGGAGGAUGAUGGUAUGUCAUUUGUAAGCUGUUCGGAAAAUCCCACUCUUUUAUCGUUUUUCGUUUUCAUUGGUUUAUCAAGCGCACUUGGAGCAAUUGUUGCUGCUUGCGUUGCACUUUAUGUUUACAAAAAACGGACAUUUGCGUGUUUUCAACGGAGCUCUCAAUAA